AAUUUAAUCGAAACGGACACAGAUAUAAGGUGCCGAGUUCGAAUCUCCGGAUUUUUUUUUCGUCAUCCCCGGUUGGAUGUACAAAUCGAUAAGUAUAUUAUACCAAAUUAAUUUUAACCGAAGGGCAGAGCAUUUUUAACCAAAACCACUGUAAGUCGCGAACACUUGCACGAUUCACCGCAAAGUAUAUGGUGUGCAUUUAACCAGUCGGCCAUUGAGGAAUGGAGCGAAAUAACAUUUGACGGCUUGAAUGCUUGAUACUUUUAUUAUUCUUACUUGUGAAAGAAAAAUAGGGAAGAUACAUAUUUAUUUUGAGGAUAUGGGAUGCCGGCGAAGGGUAAACAGAUGCUAAGCCUUUUUCCUUCGUUGUAGAAAGAUGCUUGCCUUAAAAGCUGUUUACUGUUUUUGGAAGAAAUAGUUGUAAUGGAAGCACUCGGAAUGUUAAUUUCAGGUCUGUAUAUAAAACUCUUUCCAUGACACCUGUUGGAGCCAAUUCUGCUUCAAGAUCAAGGUCUCCGAUUAGAAGGAAGAUGUCAAAAUCUCCUGUUCGAGCAUAUUCCCCCCCACGUUCAAAAUCUCCAACUAGGAGAAGGUCACCACAUCGGCGAAGGUCUCCUGUUAGGUCCAAGUCUCCUGUUCAGGCAAGGAAAAGUAUGAGGUCUCCAAUCCGGACAAAGGCCUUGGUCCAGACAAGGUCCCCUUUGAGAUCAAGGUCUCCUGAAUCAUGGUCACCCUCGCCACACACCAAACGGCUAAGAAGAGCUCAAGAAACAAGGGAAUUGGACAGGACUAAGGACAGGGAACGUGACAGAAGUAGUGUUAAGAACUAUGAAAGAGACAAACAUAAGGAUAAAGACAAAGACUUGAGGAGAGAUGGGACAUGGGAGUCAAGAGGCAGAGAUAAGUAUGUGGAGGCCUCUUUUAGGUCACAACACUCACAUUCAAUAUCACCAAAAGAUCGCAAGCAGAGACGGAGACAUGAAUCUCAGUCGCCUCCUCAAAGAAGCAUUGAUCAUGGGUCAGAAAAGGCUAGAAGUCCCAAAGCUGGAGCUCGUGAUGAGGCACCUGACCGAAGGGCAAGAGAGAUGCCUGAGAGUGAAAUUGAAUCUCUUGAUGCCCUUGCCAAGAUGAAUGCUACAGAGGAAGCUUUAAAAUCCAAACAGAAUGAAAAGAAUAAACCUUCAUUUGAGCUUUCAGGGAAGCUUGCUGCAGAAACCAACAAAGUAAGGGGCAUAACAUUGUUAUUCAAUGAGCCACCCGAUGCUCGAAAACCAAAUCUCAGGUGGCGUCUCUAUGUAUUCAAGGGUGGGGAGGCUUUAAAUGAGCCGUUGUACAUUCAUCGUCAAACCUGUUACCUAUUUGGAAGAGAACGGAGGGUGGCAGAUAUUCCAACAGAUCAUCCUUCAUGUAGCAAGCAGCACGCUGUUAUCCAAUUUAGACAAAUAGAGAAAGAGGAACUAGAUGGCACAGUAUCCAAGCAUGUAAGACCCUACUUGAUGGAUUUGGGAAGCACAAAUGGCACCCACUUAAAUGACAAUCGUCUUGAACCCCAGCGUUAUUAUGAAUUGUUUGAAAAAGAUACUAUUAAGUUUGGGAAUAGUAGCCGAGAAUAUGUGAUCCUUCAUGAGAACUCUGCCGGUUGAUUUGAAAUGGAUCUCUGAUUAACAUUGGAGUUUUUGGUUCCAGCUAUUUGUUAGAAGCAAAUGCACACAAACGAAGCUUGAGGAUCAUGUUUAGUAGAAACAGUUAAUUCUGUUGCUGUUAUAAACUGCUAUAUUCACAAGUUUUCAGUGGAAAAAGCAAGAUGAUCCCGUCACUGGCAUUAAUCAUCAAAUUAUAGAUACAAGUCAGGUUUUUGGUGUAAGUUCGGAAUCCUUGGAUUAUUGGAUAUAUGUACAUCUCAGAAAAUUUAAAUUAAUAAGGCAAAACUCAUUAGGAUCAUUAAAGAUUUAUUGAGAUUUGUGGGUUAAUAAGGCAAACCUCAUUUUUUAUGAGAUUUAUGAAUACAUGGCACAAUUUUGAUGUAAAAUAAAAACAUGUUAGGAUCAUUAAAGAUUUUUUGACAUUGGAUUGUAA